AUGGGCUGGGUGCGUACAUUUAGGAAUACACAAUUUAUAUCUCUUUAUGAUGGUAGUAGCAUAGAAAAUGUACAAAUUGUAUUGCCUUUGAAUACUUUUCCAGAGAGUAUUGUUGCCAAGAUACAUACAGGCACUUCCUUGAAGAUAAAAGGAGUCUUAAUACCUUCUAAGGGCAAAGGACAGCAGGUUGAAAUUGUAGCAACAGCAAUAGAGGUUUUGGGUACUUGUGAUGCUGAAAAAUAUCCACUACAACCCAAAAAACAUAGUUUGGAAUUUUUGCGUGAUAUUGCUCACUUGCGUAUGAGGACACUUACUUUUAAUGCUAUUUUUAAAGUGCGUCAUAUGUUGGCUUUUGCUAUACAUUCCUAUUUUAAUAGUAAAGGAUUUUAUUAUAUACAUAGCCCUAUUAUUACAGCUUCUGAUGCAGAAGGGGCAGGGGAAAUGUUUCAGGUAACAACAUGGACAAAUAGAUUAUACAAAAGAUUUUUUGGCAAGCCUGUUACACUUACAGUCAGUGGACAAUUAGAGGCAGAAUUGGCAGCCAUGGGAAUGGGCGAAGUAUAUACUUUUGGUCCUACUUUUAGAGCUGAAAAAAUUCAAAUACUCCUCGUCAUCUUGCAGAGUUUUGGAUGGUAG